UAACUCAACAAAUAUUGAUAACAAACAAAUUCACAACAAAAUUCAGAAACAUUUUCAUUUUCAUUUCAUUUCAUUCAAUUUUAAAUUAAUUUCUGAUAAUUUCAUCGAAAAAUUUCUAAAAAAUACAUCUUCCACUCUUCAGGCUCAUAACUUUGAGCUUUGAAGGUCUCUAUAAUGCAAAAAUCACCGCAGAAAGCUUCAAUUUUUCAAACACAUAGAUCUGGUGUUCCAAAUGAUUGAAGACAGAAAUGGAGUUGAAUAAAAUACUACAUCCAGAUUUGUUACCUGCUGAGGAACUUCGUCAGAUUCUAGAAUCGCUGAGCAUUGAAAUUCCAUCUCAUUUAUCCAAAGUCGAGUUGGUGGAAGUUUUCAAAAAAGUAGCCGUUCCUUUACCCCAAAGAAGGAAAGAAACGAAAUCACAAUCUAAAUCGAACGAUACCAACGUUGAAAUUAAUCUAGACGAGUUAUCUUUGUCAAACGACGAAAAUGAUAAUGAACGAAAUGAAAACUGUUCGAAGAGGAUUAAAUUACUUUCUGAGGAUGCAGAAAGGAACAAUAUAGACGAUGCCAUGCUUCAGUUGGAGAAAGAUUGCGAACAAAUCAUCGUGGAUGUGGAAAAUAUCAAAGUUUCGAAACCGAUUAAUCGUAAAGUGAUACGGAAAAGAUGUCGUCGAAAUCUGGAGGAUAACAACUACAUGGUUAAGAAGAUUAGAUUUUGUGAUAAUUUUAAUAAUAAGGAUUGAAUUGUUGAUGAUAAGUGAAUAAGUUUUAUACGAUGACAUUAUGAUUAUGAGUUGAUACGUAAGAACGAACUAAUCUCGUUAAAUAUAUCUUGUUUAAUGUA